UGUCAACCCUCCAGCAAUUUUUACCUUAACGUAUCCAAAGUCGGCUCAUUACAAAAGACAUCCCUCCAUAAAGACCCGUUUGCCUCGCGUGACCCGUUUCGUAGCCUCUGCCUUUUCAAUCGCUACCCGACCAUCAACCAGCUAUGACCUGAACCAACCAUGGACCAAGGAUCAUCCUCCAAUCAGGAUCCUCGCUUUGACUUCAUAGGAUCUUACGCUGUCAAAUCCUUAAAGUUAAAGCCAGAAAAAUGGACGAGAGUUCUAAGCGUGGAAGAACACAGGUCGACUUUAAGAGAUUUCGUGGACAAGCCUUGGCCUGUUCUUCUAGUGGUUGUUUUGACUCAUGCUGCUCAAUUGGUGCCGGUGAUAUCUUUUCCUUGUUAUUUGAAGAAUAAGGCGGUGUAUUAUGUUAAGAAGAGGCCGGAUGUGGUGCCGAAGGAGAAUUGCUCGGAGAUGAUCAUUUUUGGAGACCUAGCUCCAAGACUUAUCGAUGAGUUGGCUUCCCUGGUAGACGAGGUAUUUGUUCCACUACUAUCCAAUCCGCUCAAUCAUGAGGGCUGGCCAUUGGUGGUCUCGCAGGACAUCCUCAAGCAAAUACAUAGCCUCAAAAGUACCGUUUAUGAGGUCAAAGGCAAAGUCAACGGCCAAACCGUCCUCCCCAUGCCCGUGGGUGUAGAGUUAGUGUACGAGGCGGAAAAGGAGGUGCUUCGCGGCGAGGAAGUAGACUUAUAUCUGAAGAGCGCUAUAGAAGGGGUGGUCAUCAAGUGGGCACAGCAGAUCAAUGAUGUGAUGAUGGAGGAUUCGUCGCAAGCGUUUGAUAAUGGGCAGAAUCCGGUGCCGACUGUUGAGUUAGCAUUUUGGAAGUCUAGAUUGAGCAACCUAAACUACAUUUACGAUCAGCUGAGAGGCGAUAGAGUUCGUUGCAUGGCAGUUAUACUUGAGAAGACAACUUCAGCGUACUAUCCGUGCUUUAGCAGAUUGUUCAAGAACAUCGUUUCUGCAUUGGCCGAAGCUCAAGAAAUUGAUUUAUAUUUAAGAACAUUAGUGAAGCACUUUCAAGGUUUAGAAGACACAGAUUUCACAGAAUGUGAACCUCUGUUCCGACCACUGUUCCACGUCAUCUGCAUGAUAUGGAGAGACUCUAAGUAUUACUGCAGUUCGUCGAAACUUAUGGUCCUAUUGAAACAGAUUUGUAAUUUGCUGAUAUAUCAGGCAAAAAAAUGCUUAGAUCCAAGCACGUUAUUCCAUAGCGACAUCGAUGAAGCAACACAACGUAUACAAGUUACAAUAAACAUACUGAAGAAAUUUCGGAGCACUUUCGAAUAUUUCAAAGAUAAUUUAUGCAAAUAUUUUGUAGACAGAACUGUUGUACCAUGGACCUUUCACCCAAACGCAGUCUUCGAAAGAAUGAACCGAUUCUUAAACCGACUAAAUACUAUACAGUGGUUUUUCAAAACCGUUAUGGAAUUUCAGAAGCUGGAGAAAAUAGAAAUUGGUGGCAUGAAAGGCAGGGUCCUCAGUGGACAGAUUAGGGAAAUAUCUGCUGAAUUUGAUUCAUAUUUUCAUGGGUUUGCCUCUAAAUCUUAUGACGUUUUGGAUCCUGAUGAUAAUAAGUUUGAUGAUGAUUUUAAAGAAUUUCAAGAUAAUAUUGUAGAUUUGGAUCUAAAACUUUCUACAGUAUUAGUCGAGUCUUUCGAUAGCUGUUCUAAUCUAGAGGCAGUUUUCAAGUUAAUCGACAUUAUAGGAUCAAUUCUGGAACGACCAUUAAUAAAAAAUGAAUUUACCGCAAAAUAUUGUGAAAUACUAGUAAUGCUCGAGAAAGAGAUAGAAAUUUGCGAAGAUCUUUUCAAAGAGCAAAGCCAUCGCCUCCAAAAGUACGGACAUAUGGAGGUGGAUGCGUACCUCCCCCCAGUGGCAGGGGGCCUCCUGUUCAUGACGACGUUAGCAGCAAGGAUCACGAAGCCUGUAGCCUGCUUUCGCACACUUCAUAGAAUUUUUUGCAAUAAUACACACGGUGUAUACUACAAUACGGUAGUUCUUCACUUUAGCGAUAUUCAAGUAAAUUUUCUCGCACGUAGGAUAAAGGAUACGGAAGAUGCCUUGAAGCUUUUUGAAAGAUAUGAGAAACUUAUUGAAGAAAUUAACGAAUUCAAGAAGAAAUAUUUUAAUGAUUGGAUAGUAAGUGUACCAAAAAUUAUUGAAACAAAAACGAAAAAUAAGAUAUUGGCGCGCCAUGGAUCCGAUCUAGUUUUGAAUUUCAGUCCUAUGAUUUUGGACAUUCUAAAAGAAGUUCAUCAUUUACGGAACAACCCAGACACUCGAGAGUUACUUCCAAAAGAAAGUUUAGAGUUAUUUGAGAAACAAGAAACAUACAGACAGUAUCGGAUUAAUUUAGGGAUAACAAUUGAUUGGUAUAAUCAAAUUCGAAAGAAUAGUCAGAAAGUAGAGUUCGACUUGGUUGAAAGUGAAAUAAAGGCUAUCGAUUUAAGAAUAGAUAUGGCACAAAAUGAACUAAAUUGGAAUUCUCAAGAUUUAUGGAAUUAUUUACAAGAGCUGCAUACUCUAGUUGGCAGUUUGUAUCAACGAAUGUCUAGAAUACAAGAUAAUUUAGUAGAAAUGAAAUCUGUUAUGAGCACGUGGUCAUCUCAACCAUUAUUUGAAAGAAAGGAAAACAAAAAGGAUACGUUACUAAAUCUAGACGACCGCCAAGAGAGAACUAAUAAACGAUACAGUGAUAUAACAUCAACAGCAGAACGAAUUAGGAAAUUGUUGAAAGAAAACAUGGAGCUGUUUAACAUGCAGGACAAUCAGGAGAGCCAAAUAUGGCUUAACUAUGUAGAAUUUAUCGAUAACUUGUUCGAAGAAUCAUUGUUUAAGACAAUAGCAACUAGUAUGGGCUACAUAUCUGAGCAUAUGGAACCUAAAAACAAAUUAGCGCCACUGUUUCAAGCUCAGCUCGAGUUGCUUGAACCAGACAUGGUUUUCAAUCCUAGUUUAGAUCCAAAUGAGAAAAAAGGGUUUACAGCUUUGAUAAUAGGCCUUAUUGAUGACAUAUUGAAAAUGGCUACUUUGAUAGAAAGAAUUUAUUCUCAGAAAGAGGAAUCUUAUGAAGCUCAAAUUACGCGUAACUCUGAUAUAGUAGAAAUGAAGGACGAUAUUUUAAAUGCGAUAGAAAAGGUCAUAGAAGAUGCAAAUGAAUUCUGCAAAACUUUCGAAAACUACUCAUUCUUAUGGCUAGAAGAAAGAGAUUCAGUUAUGGAAAUCUUCCUUACUUAUGGAAGAAUUCUCGCUCCUGAAGAGAUUGAUAAAAUCGGCUCUGAGGAUAAAGACGUGGUUCCUCCAAAACCAUGUCCGCCUAAAAUGGAAGCUUUUAGAGAGCAAAUCGAUCACUAUGAAAAUCUUUUCAUGGAUAUUGAAGAUAUAGAACCUUAUAAAGUAUUUAAUUGCUGGUUUCAGGUUGAUGUAAGACCAUUCCGUCAAGCUUUGCUUAACACAGUUAGGAAAUGGGGCAAUAUGUAUAAAGAACAUUUGGUGAAUAACGUCACUUCAAGUUUAAGUGAUCUUGGAAAUUUCAUACGUGAAGCUGACGAAGGCUUACUUCAGCCCGUACCAGAAGGAAAUUAUGGCGCUUUAGUGACAGUGAUGGGGUAUUUAAUGAAUGUGAAAGAGCGUGCAGUGACUACUGAUGACAUGUUCCAACCUCUAACAGAAACCAUAGAACUGCUCAAAUUUUAUGACAUGGAUAUUCCUGAAGAAGUCAAUGUACUGUUACAGGAAUUACCAGAGCAAUGGCAAACGACAAAGAAAUUGGCUUUAACUGUGAAACAGCAAGUAGCUCCGUUGCAAGCAGCUGAAGUAUCAGUGAUAAGGAAGAAAAUCGCAGCAUUUGACAGCCACGUGACUUAUUAUAGAGAAGUUUUCAAGCGAUACGAUUUUUUCAAAUACGAAUGUGGAGAUCCGUACGCAGUGAUGUCGAAAGUAGAUUAUGAGUUGUUGAACCUGGAAGAAGACAUGAAGGGUAUACAAGAAUCGGGUUCAUUAUUUGAGGUUAAUGUUCCAGAAUUUAAAUUUUUGAAGCAGUGCAGAAAAGAGUUGAGGAUGCUCAAGCAACUAUGGGAUUACGUGUUUAUAGUAAGAACCAGUAUCGAUGAUUGGAAAACUACGCCAUGGCGUAAAAUCGAUGUUGAAAAUAUGGACAUUGAAUGUAAAAAGUUUGCAAAAGAAAUAAGGUUGCUGGAUAAGGAAAUGAGAAGUUGGGACACCUAUAUAAAUCUGGAAGCAACUGUAAAAAAUAUGCUAACGUCUUUGAGAGCAGUUGGUGAGUUGCAAAAUCCGGCGAUAAGAGAAAGGCAUUGGGACCAACUAAUGAGAAGUACCAAGAGCUUAGCUGCAUUGCCACCUGAAGUCACUGUAAGGAUAGUUAUGGAUGCCAAUACGACGCUGGCAGACUUAUUGGCACUCAACUUGCACGAAUGCGAGGAAGAAGUCAAGAAUAUUGUAGAUAAAGCUGUUAAAGAGAUGUCAAUGGAGAAAACACUUAAAGACUUAAAUACGACGUGGAGUGGGAUGGAAUUUGAACAAGAAGUUCAUAAGAGAACUGGCUGCAUACUUUUGAGAGCAAGUGAAGAGCUCAUUGAGACAUUAGAAGAAAAUCAGGUUCAACUGCAAAAUCUAAUCACUUCAAAAUUCAUAGCUCAUUUCUUGGAAGAAGUGUCAAGCUGGCAACAAAAACUAUCGAUUGCUGACCAAGUGAUCACAGUUUGGUUUGAAGUUCAACGCACGUGGACACAUCUGGAGAGUAUUUUUAUGAGUUCAGAAGAUAUUAGGAAACAGUUACCAGAUGAUUCUGCGAGGUUUGACAGAAUUGAUUCGGAAUUUAAGAUUUUGUCAACGGACAUGUCCAAAACACCAAAUGUUGUGAAAGGUACAAACAAAGAAGGCUUAGUUGCAAAACUCGACGGUCUUCAAAGCGAUCUAAUUAUCUGUGAAAAAGCUCUAGCUGAGUAUUUGGAAACAAAAAGACUGGCAUUCCCAAGGUUCUACUUCGUUUCAUCAGCAGAUUUGUUAGAUAUCUUAUCCAAUGGGAACCAAGCAGAUUUGGUGAUAAGGCACUUGACAAAACUUUUUGAUUCAAUAGCAAAAUUGAAAUUUAUCGAAGCAGCUGACAAACCUGGCAAAAUAGCUGCUGGAAUGAUAGCGAAAGAUGGAGAAUACGUCCCUUUUCAUGGAAGCUGUGAUUGUACUGGAGCUGUAGAAGUUUGGCUCAAUAGAUUACAAGACAUCAUGAGAUCAUCCAUACGAAAUUACUUCGGUGAAGGGAUGAUUUCUUACGAAGAGAAACCAAGAGAGCAAUGGCUGUUUGAUUUCAUGGCUCAAGUCUCUUUAUGUGGCUCUCAAAUCUGGUGGACUACUGAAGUGAAUAUGGCAUUUGCUAGGCUAGAGGAAGGCUAUGACAACGCACUAAAAGACUACUUCAAGAAACAAGUUGCCCAGCUCAGCACUUUGAUCACACUUCUGAUUGGAGAACUAACGAAGCAGGACCGUCAGAAAAUUAUGACAAUUUGCACUAUUGAUGUACAUUCAAGAGACGUAGUUAGUAAGAUGAUUCAAGGGAAAGUUGAAGCUGGAUCAGCGUUUCAAUGGCAGUCACAACUACGGCACAGAUGGGAUGAGAAAGAAUUUGACUGUUUUGCAAACAUCUGUGAUGCGCAAUUUCGAUAUAGCUACGAGUAUUUGGGUAAUACUCCUAGACUUGUGAUCACACCUUUAACGGACAGAUGCUAUAUUACCCUAACCCAGUCAUUGCAUUUGAUAAUGGGAGGAGGUCCUGCAGGACCAGCGGGUACUGGAAAAACAGAAACAACUAAGGACUUGGGAAGAGCAUUGGGUAUUAUGGUCUAUGUAUUUAACUGCUCAGAACAAAUGGAUUAUCAGUCUUGUGGAAAUAUUUACAAAGGAUUGGCACAAACAGGAGCUUGGGGUUGCUUUGACGAAUUCAAUAGAAUAUCUGUUGAAGUAUUAUCCGUAGUGGCAGUACAAGUAAAAUCUGUUCAAGAUGCUAUAAGGGAUAAAAAAGAGAAAUUCAACUUUAUGGGUGAAAUAAUAAGCCUAGUCCCAUCCGUUGGCAUCUUCAUAACCAUGAAUCCUGGUUACGCCGGUAGAACCGAACUGCCUGAAAAUUUGAAAGCCCUCUUUAGACCUUGUGCCAUGGUGGUUCCUGAUUUCGAGCUUAUCUGUGAAAUUAUGUUGGUAGCGGAAGGGUUUCAGGAUGCAAGAGUCUUAGCGCGGAAAUUUAUUACUUUGUACACAUUAUGUAAAGAACUGCUUUCGAAGCAAGAUCAUUACGAUUGGGGCUUGAGAGCAAUUAAAUCCGUGUUGGUGGUAGCUGGAUCGUUAAAGAGAGGCGAUCCUGGAAGACCAGAAGAAGAAGUAUUGAUGAGAGCACUUCGUGACUUCAACAUACCAAAAGUAGUAACAGAUGAUAUGCCUGUAUUCAUGGGACUCAUAGGUGAUUUAUUCCCUGCACUUGAAGUACCGAGAAAACGUGACUUGGAGUUCGAAAGGACAGUAAAACAAGCUGCAAUGGACCUCUCGCUUCAACCCGAAGACAAUUUCAUCUUAAAAGUAGUUCAACUGGAAGAGUUGUUAGAAGUUCGCCACUCUGUGUUCAUUGUAGGCAAUGCUGGUACAGGAAAAACUCAAGUGUGGAAAUCAUUAUUCAAAAGCUAUCAAAAUCUUAAAAAGAAACCUAUUUUCAACGAUUUGAAUCCAAAGGCAGUGACUAACGACGAACUAUUUGGCAUAAUUAAUCCAGCAACUAGAGAAUGGAAAGAUGGACUAUUCUCUGUUAUAAUGAGAGAUCAAGCUAAUAUUGUAGGCGAAAAUCCUAAAUGGAUUGUUUUAGAUGGUGAUAUAGAUCCUAUGUGGAUUGAGUCACUCAAUACAGUCAUGGAUGAUAAUAAAAUUUUGACGCUUGCUAGUAAUGAACGUAUAGCACUUACUCCUACAAUGAGAUUGAUGUUUGAGAUUUCGAACCUUCGUACUGCAACUCCAGCUACGGUUUCUAGAGCUGGUAUUCUGUACAUCAAUCCACAAGAUUUAGGAUGGAAUCCAUACGUUACAAGUUGGAUAGAAACUCGAAAAAUACCAGCGGAAAAAUCCAAUCUAGUCAUGCUUUUUGAUAAGUACAUUCCGCCAUGUUUGGAGACGAUAAGAAACAGAUUCAAGAAGAUAACUCCCAUAGCAGAAAUGGCGCAUAUUCAAAUGCUGUGUCAUCUACUAAAUUGCUUGCUAGUACCUGAAAAUACUCCAGCUGACUGUCCAAAAGAGUUGCAUGACAUGUAUUUCGUGUUCGCUUGCGUUUGGGCGUUUGGAUCAGCUAUGUUUCAGGAUACUGCAAUAGAUUAUAGAGUCGAAUUUACAAAGUGGUGGGUGAAUGAAUUUAAAAACGUAAAGUUUCCCGCUGGCGGCACAGUGUUUGAUUACUAUAUCGACACUGAAACUAAACAGUUUACAUUAUGGACAGAAAAAGUUCCCAAGUUUGAAUUAGAUCCCGAUAUACCACUACAGGCGGUGUUAGUGCCAACUGCAGAAACCGUAAGAAUAAGAUAUUUCCUGGAUUUACUGAUGAAGAAUAAACAUCCAGUAAUGCUGGUUGGUGGCGCUGGUUGCGGCAAAACAGUCUUGGUCAACGAAAAGUUACAAGGGCUGUCAGAAAACUACGCUGUCCAAUCGGUGCCGUUUAAUUUUUACACCUCUUCUGAGAUGCUGCAGAAGGUUCUAGAAAAACCUUUAGAAAAAAAAGCAGGCCGCAACUAUGGUCCGCCAGGCAGCAAAACACUAGUAUACUUCAUAGAUGACAUGAAUAUGCCUGAAGUAGAUAAUUACGGGACAGUGCAACCUCACACCAUCAUUAGACAACAUUUAGACUACAACCAUUGGUAUGACAGAACCAAACUUUCCCUGAAAGAUAUCCAUAAUACCCAAUACGUGUCCUGCAUGAAUCCAACAUCAGGCAGUUUUACCAUUAACCCUAGAUUGCAAAGGCAUUUCUGCGUGUUUGCGAUUAGUUUUCCGAAUACAGAAGCGCUGAACAAUAUUUACCAUUCUAUUUUGAGUCAGCAUGUUACCAAUCCUGAGUUGCGAAUCAGUCCAGCGAUUGCCAAGUUAUCAGCUAAUGUUGUCACGGCUUCCAUAGCGCUACACAAUAAAGUAUCUCAAGUAUUUCUACCAACUGCUAUAAAAUUCCAUUACAUAUUUAAUUUGAGAGACUUAUCCAACAUUUUCCAGGGUCUCCUAUUUAGUUCCAAUGAAUGUCUUGAAAAUACAUCAGAUUUAAUUCGGUUAUGGAUGCACGAGACCCAUCGUGUUUACGGUGAUAAACUUACCGAAGAAAAAGACAUUGACGCUUUUCUGAAGAUGCAGGUUGAUAUUUGUAAGAAAAACUUUGAGGAAAUAGAUGAAGGUGUGGUAUUCGAGAGACCUAACAUUUUCUGUCACUUUGCUGGUGGCAUUGGUGAGCCUAAGUACAUGUCAGUUGGUAGCUGGGAGAAGUUGAAUAAAUUACUGACGGAAGCAAUGGCGAGCUACAAUGAUCUUAUAGCUGCUAUGAAUUUAGUGCUGUUUGAAGAUGCUAUGAUGCAUAUUUGCAGAAUUAACCGUAUCCUAGAAAGUCCAAGAGGAAGUGCUUUAUUAGUAGGCGUAGGAGGUUCUGGAAAACAGUCACUUUCACGCUUAGCUGCCUUUAUAUCAAGUUUGGAAGUAAUUCAAAUUCAAUUGAAGAAAGGUUACGGGGUCACAGAUCUUAAGAAAGAACUAUCAAAUCUAUACAUCAAAACUGGACUAAAGAAUGUGGGUAUAAUGUUCUUGAUGACCGAUGCUCAAGUUGCCAAUGAGCAAUUCUUAGUUCUUAUCAAUGAUAUGUUGGCGUCUGGUGAAGUUGCAGACUUGUUUCCCGAUGAUGAAAUUGAAAAUAUUCUUGCUGGUGUUAGAAAUGAGGUGAAAGGAGCAGGUCUUCCAGACACAAGAGAAGUUUGCUGGAAAUUCUUUAUAGACAGAGUUCGAAGACAAUUGAAAGUCGUACUGUGCUUCUCGCCAGUGGGUUCUACAUUGAGAGUACGAUCUCGAAAAUUCCCUGCUCUGAUCAAUUGCACUUCAAUAAAUUGGUUUCAUGAAUGGCCACAAGAAGCCCUUGUUUCUGUGUCUAUGCGGUUUUUGGAAGAACUAAGUGUUUUACCGGUCGCCCUACGGGAUUCAAUUUCUAGAUUCAUGGCGUAUGUCCAUACAUCGGUGAACACUAUUUCAAAAGCGUAUUUAGCGAAUGAAAGGAGGUACAAUUAUACAACUCCAAAAAGUUAUCUUGAGCAGAUCAGUUUGUAUUCAAAAUUAGUUUAUAAUAAAACUGAUGAACUGCGAGCUAAGAUAACUAGAUUAGAAAAUGGUUUAGAAAAACUACGCAGCACAGCAUCACAAGUCGACGAAUUGAAAGCAAAAUUAGCUAUCCAAGAAAUUGAGUUGCAACAAAAAAAUGAAGCGGCUGAUAAACUUAUUGAACGAGUUGGUGUUGAAACAGCUAAAGUACAGAGCGAAAAAGCUUUAGCUGAUGAGGAAGAAGAAAAAGUAGCAGUAAUUGCAGAAGAAGUAUCUAAGAAACAAAAGGAUUGCGAAGAGGACCUCAUCAAAGCAGAACCGGCGCUUAUAGCUGCACAAGAAGCUUUAAACACAUUAAACAAAGCUAAUCUUACUGAACUGAAGUCUUUUGGGUCACCUCCAGGCGCAGUCACUAAUGUUACGGCUGCUGUGAUGGUGUUAUUAGCUCCCGGUGGAAAAAUCCCUAAGGAUAGGAGCUGGAAGGCAGCUAAGGUCGUAAUGGCAAAAGUAGAUACGUUUUUGGAGGCGCUUGUGAAUUAUGACAAGGAAAAUAUUCAUCCAGAUGUGAUAAAAGCUAUUCAGCCGUAUCUAAAAGAUUCAGAAUUUGAACCAGAAUUUAUUAGAUCAAAGUCAGGUGCCGCAGCAGGUCUUUGUGCGUGGGUCAUAAACAUUAUCAAAUUCUUUGAGGUGUUCUGUGACGUUGAACCUAAACGGAAAGCUUUGGCAGCUGCCAACGCCGAAUUGGCUGCAGCUUCUGAGAAGUUGAAAGCUAUUAAAGCUAAAGUUGGUUCUUUAGAAGAACAGUUAGCAACAUUGACUGCUGAUUUCGAAAAGGCAACAGCAGAGAAGCUAAAAUGUCAACAAGAAGCCGAUGCCACAAAUAGAACUAUUCAACUCGCUAACAGAUUGGUUAAUGGUUUGGCAAGUGAGAAUGUCAGAUGGGCAGAAGCGGUUUCAAACUUCAUGCAGCAGAGUACAACGUUACCUGGAGAUGUGCUACUUGUAUGCGCGUUCAUAUCUUAUGUGGGCUGCUUCACUAAACAGUACAGAUUGGAUUUACUCCAUAAAAACUGGCUUGUAUUUAUGAAGACUUUGGAGCCACCAAUACCAAUAACAGAAGGACUAGAUCCGUUAACAAUGUUGACCGAUGAUACGACUAUUGCGAUGUGGCAAAAUGAAGGACUACCCUCCGAUCGAAUGAGUACUGAAAAUGCUACGAUACUUUCAAAUUCAGAUAGGUGGCCUCUCAUGAUUGAUCCACAACUGCAAGGUGUCAAAUGGAUUAAACAGAAAUAUGGCGAUAAAUUACGGGUCAUACGGUUAGGGCACAAGGGGUAUUUGGAUACUAUAGAGAAAGCUAUUAUUAAAGGAGAAACUGUUUUGCUUGAAAAUAUUGAUGAAACUGUCGAUCCAGUUUUGGAUCCUUUGCUUGGAAGGAAUCUAAUAAAAAAAGGAAGAGCCAUCAAAAUUGGUGACAAAGAAGUAGAGUAUAGUCCUAACUUUAGACUGAUCUUACAUACGAAGCUAGCUAACCCUCACUACAAGCCAGAAAUGCAAGCUCAAACAACUCUAGUCAAUUUCACGGUAACCCGAGACGGCUUGGAAGAUCAGCUAUUAGCUGAGGUAGUUAAAGCUGAGAGACCUGAUUUAGAAGAACUGAAAGCAGAAUUAACAAAACAGCAAAAUGAAUUUAAGAUACAGUUGAAGGGACUUGAAGAUGAUUUGCUGUCAAGGCUGUCUUCGGCAGGAGAUAAUAUUCUAGGUGACACAGCUUUAGUAGAGAACUUGGAAACUACGAAGAAAACAGCUGCUGAUAUUGAGAAAAAGGUUGCAGAAGCGAAAGUAACGUCACACCAGAUAGACCAAGCCCGAGAAUUCUACAGGCCGGCUUCUGCCAGGGCAUCUCUAUUGUAUUUCAUCUUAAAUGAUUUGAACACUAUCAACCCCAUAUACCAAUUCUCUCUGAAGGCGUUCAGCGUUGUAUUCCAAAAAGCAAUAUCCAAAGCAGAACCUGCGGAAGAAGUUAGCCAACGAAUCAAAAAUUUAAUUGACUGCAUCAGUUAUUCAGUGUUUCAGUAUACUUCUAGGGGGUUAUUCGAAUGUGACAAACUUAUUUUUGCAUCCCAGAUGACUUUUCAGGUUCUUCUAAUGAGCGAAGAAUUAUCACCAGCUGAUUUAGAUUUCUUCCUUCGCUUUCCUGUUAAACCCCACGUGACCAGUCCUGUUGAUUUCUUGUCCCACACAAGCUGGGGAGGCAUUUGUUCUUUAGCUGGUAAGGAUGAGUUCAGAAAUCUGGAUCGAGAUAUAGAGACGUCUCCUAAGAGAUGGAAGAAGAUUGUUGAAAUGGACUGUCCUGAGAGGGAGAAGUUUCCACAAGAGUGGAAAAAUAAAACAGCAAUACAGAGACUCUGUAUGCUGAGAGCUUUAAGGCCUGAUCGAAUGACAUAUGCAGUGGCAGCAUUUAUUGAAGAAAAAAUGGGUGGCAAAUAUGUUGAAAAUAGGACAGUAGAAUUCAGCAAGUCUUUUGAAGAGACCAGUCCGACUACUCCAAUCUUUUUCAUCUUGUCACCUGGAGUGAAUCCCUUAAAAGACGUGGAAGCAUUAGGGAAAGUAAUGGGAUUUACAGCUGACAACGGGAACUUCCAUAAUGUGUCUUUAGGCCAGGGCCAAGAAGUUGUAGCUGAGCAAGCAAUGGAUGAAGCAUUAGCUAAAGGACAUUGGGUUGUAUUACAGAAUAUUCAUUUAGUUAAGAAAUGGUUGUCAAGCCUCGAAAAGAAAAUGGAGAGUUUUGCAACAGGGAGUCACGAGAAUUACCGUUUGUUUAUGUCAGCAGAGCCUGCUGCUACUCCAUCGGCCCACAUCAUUCCUCAGGGAAUAUUGGAGUCUAGCAUUAAAAUUACUAACGAACCUCCGACAGGGAUGCAGGCUAAUAUACACAAAGCUCUAGAUAAUUUCAAUCAGGAGACUUUAGAAAUGUGUGGCAAGGAAGCAGAAUUCAAAGCAAUUUUAUUCGCAUUGUGCUACUUCCAUGCAGUCGUGGCCGAAAGGAGAAAAUUUGGCCCACAAGGUUGGAACAAAAUCUAUCCAUUCAAUGUUGGUGACCUGACCAUCAGCGUAUUCGUUCUCUACAACUACUUAGAAGCCAAUUCAAAAGUCCCUUGGGAAGAUUUGAGAUAUCUGUUUGGAGAAAUCAUGUACGGCGGACACAUUACAGAUGAUUGGGAUCGCAGACUGUGCAACGCUUACUUGGAGGAACUGAUGCAUUCUGAUCUAGUCGAUGGCGAACUCCAACUAGCCCCAGGCUUCCCAGCUCCCCCGAACACUGACUACGUCGGCUACCACCAAUACAUAGAAGACGCCAUGCCGCCUGAAUCCCCAUACCUUUACGGCCUACACCCGAACGCUGAAAUAGGCUUCCUGACCACCACUUCGGAGAACCUCUUUAGGACUAUUUUUGAGAUGCAGCCGAGAGAUGCUCAAGCUUCUGGUGCUACCACUGUUACUAGAGAGGAUAAGGUAAAACAAAUGUUGGAUGAGAUAAUGGAGAAGCUACCAGAAGAAUUCAACAUGACAGAGAUAAUGGGGAAGGUGGAAGAGAGAACACCUUACGUAAUUGUGGCGUUCCAGGAAUGUGAGAGGAUGAAUUAUUUAACGGGAGAGAUGAAGAGAUCACUGAGAGAGUUGGACUUGGGAUUAAAGGGUGAACUAACCAUAACAUCAGUAAUGGAAGAGUUGGAGAACGCGCUGUUCCUGGACCAGGUGCCUGCUAUCUGGGCCAAUCGGGCCUACCCUUCACUGCUGGGUCUUUCGGCGUGGUUCGUGGAUCUGCUGCUCAGGCUGAGGGAGCUGGAAACUUGGGCUACUGAUUUUGUUUUACCAAACUCAGUCUGGCUGGCCGGCUUCUUCAACCCGCAGAGCCUGCUGACGGCCAUCAUGCAAAGCACCGCGCGUCGCUACGAGUUACCGCUGGAUAAGAUGUGUCUUCAAUGCGAUGUUACCAAAAAAAUGAAGGAGGAGUUCACGAUCGCUGAUUCCAGGUCGGCUCCACGAGAUGGCGCCUAUGUUCAUGGAUUACUCAUGGAGGGCGCCCGUUGGGACGUCCAGGCUGGGAUCGUGAUGGAUUCAAGACUUAAGGAGCUCUUUCCACCCAUGCCUGUCAUCAAUGUUCGGGCUAUCACCCAAGAUAAGCAAGACCUGCGCAACAUGUACGAGUGUCCCGUCUACAAGACCCGCACGAGGGGUCCCACCUACGUGUGGACCUUCAAUUUGAAGACCAAGGACAAGCCCUCCAAGUGGACCCUGGCGGGCGUAGCACUGCUGCUGCAGACAUAAAUU